UCCAUCUUCUGCCAACCAUGAUUCCCAAAGAAGCUAAACCGAAUCAGAAAGAGACGAAGACUAAGCCUCAACCACUGUCGUUUUCAUCACUCCCCGAUAUCAUAGAGACCAUACUUGCCCGUCUCUCCAAGUGGAAUUACCCUAAUCUCUCUCUAGUCUCCAAAAGAUUCCUCUUUCUCCUCUCUUCUCCCGAACUCUACCCUACGCGUUCUCACAUCGGAACCACCGAACCAUGCCUCUAUUUUUGCUUAGAGGACUUGCCAAAUAUCCCACAUCCCAGAUGGUUUACUCUUUGGAUGAAACCUGCCGAUGAAACCCUAGCUGACGACGAUGAAAUUCUUGAAGACUAUUCGUUGGUUCCGGUACCUUCCUGUCACCAUCUUCAACACGUACCAUAUUUUUCCACCGUAGCUGUUGGUUCGGACAUCUACUUAAUCGGUGGACCCUACAAGGGGCCGCCGUCUUCACGUGUUCGUAUCUUUGAUUGUCGGAGUCACACGUGGCGUGACGGUCCAAACAUGUUGGUGGCCCGUGAGGAGGCUUAUGCGUUUUAUAUCGAUGGGAAAAUAUAUGUAAUGGAAAAUGGCAGGAAAGACAGCAAUUGGAUGGAAGUAUUAGACAUAAAGACUCAAAACUGGAGUCCCUUGCUGAGCCAUGGAGCUACUGAGUUUCGUGAUGAUUGGUGUCUAAUCAAUGUGUUUAGAGGAAAGAUAUACGUAAUUGCUCAAGAGGAGAACUUUGCUUAUGACCCAAAAGAAGGGACAUGGGAAGUUGUGGGAACGCACAAGUGUUAUGGACAUAUAGAUGUUUGGUGCGCAAUAGAGGAUGUAAUGUUUUGUUUUACGAACUCUGGUUAUUGCAGGUGGUAUGACACUAAGAGUAGAGAGUGGAGCUUGUGGAGAGAGGUCAAGGGUUCGGAUAUAGAAGUAUUGCAUAAAAGCGAGGAUGGCUUUGUAGGGAGGUGUCUUGUUCAAAUUGUUAACCAUGGUGGGAAACUAUUAGUUAUUUUGGUCCCCAGGACUGAGGAAUACAAGGCAAAGCGGAAAAGGAGAAUUUGGUGUGCGAAAAUCGCAUUUGAGAAGCGCCUUGAAGGUGAGAUUUGGGGUAAGUUGGAGUGGGUUAAUGAAGUGCUUACGGUCACCAAGUCGUAUAAGUUUUUGAGUUGUUUAGUCAUUACGAUUUGA